AAGGCUAGGGCUUGAAGGCAGCAUCGGAAGUCGUACCGUGGGGAUGUAUUGUAUUUCAAAAAAAUUGUGUUGUCAUUUCUAGGCAGAGGUUAGUUUAAGAUCAGGAAUUGUGUAGGGGAUUCGUUAAUUGUUAAAGGUUUAUAGAAAAGAAGGAGUAGGCCGUAUUCAGAUUUAAUUAAGGAAACAAAUACUUGGAUUGAAGUGAAAAUUAGUCACAGUAGUAGGCCUACUUACCGUGUUGUGCAUUGAAAAGAGUUAAAGUCGAUUUGAGUAUUCACAUUACUGAAAUUUGUUAAAAAAAUUAUAUUGGAUAUAAAUUCAGGAACAAAUAUAGGUAGCUAAGAGUUUGAGACAAAUGAUACAUUUCUAGCCUGUGGCUAUACUUCAGCACAGAUUCAACUAGACGCGUCUGUCUUUAUUGAAAAACCGGAAGUCUUUUACAAGAUUGGCAGGAGUGAUCUCCUCAAUAAAAUACUCUAGUGUUACGAGGAUAAUGAAAUCGAUCUAGUUGUUAGAUAUUCCGAUUAAAGCCUGUGGUUUUAUUGAGCAGGAAGGAUGUGGAUUAGGGGCAUCUAGUGUGAUUUGUGUUCUGACGGAGCGAAAUUUAUUGUUUUAUUAAUUCGAAAUAUACUGAAAAAGGAAGAAUUUUAUUUUAAAAGAAGCAGAUAGUUUUGAGCUAAUCUGUUCGGAAUCAAUACGAGUGACAAUUUAUUUAUUAAUUUUGUAGUUAAAUACGAAUACAACAUGACGACAGUUAAUGUUGACAAGACCAACAUAUUGAACAAGUACUCUGAUACACAGAUUCGAGUAAAAGGCAAGAAAAUAAAAGCACAUAAUAUCCGGGAGCUGAGGCAAGCCUUCCAGCUGUUUGAUAAAGAUGGCGACGGCUCCAUCUCGACGGAAGAGCUGGGGACGGUCAUGCGCAACUUGGGGCAGUUUCCUUCUAUGGACGAGCUGAAUCAGAUGCUGAGGGAGAUUGAUAUAGAUGGCGAUGGCACGUUUUCAUUCGAGGAGUUUGUACAGGUGAUGGCAAAUGUGGGAGGGAUCAGUGAGAACAGUGAGGAGGAUGAGGAGGAGGAACUCAGGCAGGCGUUUAGGGUGUUCGACAAGUCUGGCUGUGGUUACAUCACACCCUCUGACCUGAGGGCGGUGCUACAGUGUAUGGGUGAGGACCUCACAGAGGAGGAGAUUGAUGAGAUGAUCGCUGAGGUUGAUAUUGAUGGGGAUGGCAGAAUCGAUUUUGAAGAAUUUAUAACGUGUAUGAGAAGCGACGAUGAAGAUGACGACGAAUCAGAAGAUGAAAUAAGAGAGGAAGUAGACGAGGAGCAUGAAGAAAACCAAGAAGACUCAAAUCUUUAAUCAUGAUCACAUUUACAUCCAUUUGUUAAAAAAUAUUCCCCGCUUUACUUCAGUGUAUGACUGUCAUUUCAACAUUACUAAAUAUUAUUCUUUGUUUCAUUUUGAAUUAUAUAUCUUAAUCUGCAUUUUGAAUAUUGCAUGUCAAAAUAAUGUAUGUUAUAGCUGUGCUUUGUCUUGUGCAAAUAUCUCAUGAUAACAUUUUAUCAUUCCAUUUUUGUGAUUUAUUUUAAUUAAAUUUAACUAAUAUUUUAGGUACAAUAUAAAAAAAAAUUACAUGAGGAAUAGGGACGUCUUGUGUUAAAAAAAUGUUUUUUUUUAACCUUGUUAUAGUAGAAUUUAUAAAACGAUAAAGAAGAUAUUGAUAUGAUGUUACAUAAAAACAAAGAAUUUUCCGUUGUUGAGAGUUGUUUUAGAACUAGUGAUAUGAAUUCCAAAAUAGAUGUUGAUUGGUGAUGUGCUGCCAGUGAGAGCCGGUGUUUCCUAUCCCUCUGUGACUUUAAUAUACCUUAUAUAUAUAUGUAUAUAUAU